AUGGACGGCGAUAUUGUGUCUACUGCGCUGUUGCUGUGUUUGGACGAAGCGGUCACCAACCACGACAAGAAGGUUGCGGAAGCUCAGCAGGAGGUCUUCCAGCUCCUGAUUGAAGAGACCUGGAAGGUGGCAAUGCGCUCGCAGCACUACCUGACGGAACGUUUUAAACACUACGAGUUCGACGAGGCACGUGGCUACUUGUCUGUCGAUGAGAUCGGCGUUCUCCCAGCUCAUACAACGCUUCUCGCUGUUCUAUCGUAUGCCUUCUCCAUCUUCCUGAGGCCGACCGCCAAAACUGCGAUACCUUCACCAAGUUUUGGUCAUCGUGCUCUGCUAUUACACCAGUUCGGCGGUGAAUACACAUUGGCGCGUACACUACGGAAAGCCGAGAAGGCUUUGGCUGCAGCCCUGAAAGGGUAUCCACCCGCUCGCAUUGCGUGGCCGUCAGCUCCUGAACAAGCAGAACUUGCGCGUCUAGUGGAAGCACGAGAACCACUGCUGAAAUACACGUUUGGGUUCACCGAUGACAAAAACCUCCGGGUGAUGCAGCCGUCUAACGCAGAUUUACAAAACGCCAUGUACAAUGGCUGGCUUCACGCAGUGUUCGUCACGGGGACGAUCUGCUUCGCAGCAAACGGCUGCAUCAUCUGGAGUCGGCACAAUUGUCCGGGCUCGUGGAAUGAUGCUGACACGUCGCUCGGAUUCCGCAACAAGUUGUUGAGCCACAAGUACCGCCCAGACCGCCGGAUGAACGUAGUGUCCGAAUCUGCUUUCCCCUGUUCAGCAGCGAUGACAGGGCGCAUUCUCACGCCGCUUAAGGACGGUGACAUCGACCGUAUUGCCCCAUCACUACGUAGCGCAGCUCGCACAAUGCACAACGCGAUAACCUCCGUUCGUCAAACAGCGGAGUGGGGAAUGGGCAGCAUCCAGAAGGUCUACAGCAGACUCAACCUUCCGCUGCCCUACGACCCCGAGCUCCGAGGCCUGCAAAUCAGCAACAUGUUCCGGUUAGUGAACUUUCGUGUCCGUACGGUCGGAAUUUCACAUAUCCGCACCACAUUCAGUGGAGACAUGGAGAUGCCUUUGUCGGCGGAGUAG